AUGGCCUACUCUCGUCUCCAGACGAUCGCAUCUCUAAACAGAGAUGCAUCCUCCUUCACACACCUAUCUCUGGGCACACACGAGCACGGGUCUGAGCGGAAUAUGGAACGGCUGCGCAUGCAGCUGGCCAUCUCAACAAACGCAAAGCCUCCAGCAGCGACAGUCGACUCCGUUAUCCCACCAGAUACUAUCCAGAAAUCAUCAUGUUGUAAGGCUGCUAGAUACGGCGCAGGAAAGGGCGCAUGGGCUGUGGUGACCAAUGCUGCGUCCACGCAAGGUAGCGAGCGCGCGGUGCGCCUCGCCGCUGAAGGGUUCAACGUCCUGGCGAUCGGACGCGACGCAGACUUGUUGGCCUCCUUGUUACGCAGAAUGCAGUCCGCUUAUGAUCUCGAGGACAACACGCGUCAGGCGAAGACGAUGGUCGUCGAUGACGCGACAGAGCUUUCUCCUGAGCGAUGGGACGCUCUGACCGCAGAGCUGAAGGAGCUCGACAUCGGGGUUCUAGCACUGCACGGAGACGCCGAAGCCUCGAAGUCUAAGAGUGGGACAGACGUCACGGAGAAGGCAGUAGGCAAUGCUUCUGCCGCGAAUGUGGCUACCCUUGCGAGACUUGUGAGCCUUGUGUUACCCGGCAUGGCCCAAAGUGGGCCCGCACUCGGUACCUCGUCGGCAUUCGGACCACGUCCGUCGCAUCAGGACACAGGUGUGCACCGUGUUGAUUCUCUAGGUCAACGCGCUCAUGAGCGCCGUGCACGGAGCCGCUUCGCGCGGAUACCAGUCGCUGACGCGCGACAGACCGCUCAGAACGUCCUCUCUGAGAAGCUCGUCGGAGCUAACGACGGUCCUGCACCGACACUUCAAGGGGGUGAUGACACUGCAGGCACGAUGUGA